AUGGAAAGAAUACACAUUUUGUUCGCUUUUGUUUGUUUUCUGGCUACAAUCCAGGAAAACGAUUCAUGUACACCAUUCGGAAGGGAAAGUCUGCUCAUAUCACCAACAAUGUUAGGUGUAUCCUCAUCUUCUGGUUCGGAGCCAGGACUCUCACGACCAGCAGUAACUAAUAACAAUAUGUUUCCGUCAAGUGUUCGAGCACGCGGCGAGAAGAAUACAAAUUUUGGAAUACCAAACGGAGUCAUGAAAUCAAAUAAGGAGAUGUCUGUUUCUCUCGGUGUUCCAUCCUCUCCGGCAAUCCUUGAUGCAAGUGAGCUCAAUUGUUUGGAGUUUGAUGAAACAUGUCGAUGGAGAAAUGUUGAUGGAAUGUUUGUGGAUGAACUUGAUUGGUAUCAAGGAUCUGGAGAAUUAGAUCAAGAUAGAUUAUCGAUUGCAACUGCUACAAAUGUACUUCCACAGGGACAAUAUGCAAUUGCGGCAACCGACAUGGUUCAGUUCCCAACAAUAAAAGCCGUUCUGGUAUCCGAUCAAAUUGGUUGUCAAGUUGGAGAUGGUGAAAUCCGUUUCAAAUAUUGGACAUCCCCAGAAGUUCAACUGAAAGUUUGCGUGAAAAAGCUCUCAAAAGUGUACCCAGAUUUUGAUUUUUGCAGUCAUAUAAUUGAGAAGAAUGAUCCAGGACCGGUGUUUAUCAAUAUUCCGGAACAAGGGCCUGUACCAUUCCAAAUUUAUAUAAUUGCUGAUCAUUUUACAUUUAAUUCGGAUAAUCUUAAAGGAGGAUUCGCGAUCAUUGAUUCAAUUGAAUAUUAUGCAAGAAUGUGCAGUUUGGAGGAAAAAUCAUCGUUUGAUUAUAGUCAGAAAGACUCUUCCCACAGUAUUCCAUUAAUACCACUUGCUGAAUCAAAAGAUGAAUUUGAAGAUGAAAGUUCUCAUGUGACUGUGAAAAGAGAAGAUUCAUCUUUUGAAACUCUUCAUGCUUUUGCUGCAGUACCCAACUUUAAUCUUGGAAUACCUAAAGGUUCUGGAGAAAGAACUGGAAUUGUGGAUUUUGGUUCAAGGCAGGACUCUGAAAAUUUGAUGAACUCUAUGAUCAAACUUCGGCAACCAGCUAGUCACGAGACAAAUGAAAUAAAUGAUAAAUUCAUAAAUAUGGCAUCUUCCUCUGAUUCUUCAAUUUCUACAAUUUGUGAAGCAAUUGUUUGUUCUUUUAAUGAAACAGAACCAUGUUCAAAUAUGGCAAUUCAAUCAGAUUGGAAUAUUGGAACUGGUCCAAUUGGUAAUCCAUUAACUGGAGUUAAAGGAGAUGCUUCUUUUCUUCCAUUCAAUGAAAAUGGUUCAUAUGCUUACAUCUCUGGACCACAAAUCAAAUCUCGCCUUCAAACGCCAUCAUUUAAUGUGGAUAAAGCUGUGACAGUUGUAUUUUCCUAUUAUAAGGCUGAUAAAUCAAGUCAAUUCCAAGCAAUUGUGAAAAGAGAAAAUAAAGAAGAAAUUGUAGUUUUCGAAGCACCAAAACUAACAAGGAAUUCACGAAGAUGGUUCAGGGAAAGUUUGAAUAUUUCAGCUGGAAAAUAUGAUUAUAUCGCAUUUGAAAUUUCCAAUCUCCGACCCAAUCAUUAUGUUGGUAUUGAUGAGAUGUUUGUUGUCGACGAUCGAAGGAAAUCGUUUUGUUUCCAUGGAUUAUAA